AUGUACUAUUCUACUUGUACGGACCCUUUGAUUCCAGAAAGUUCCACGUCAUUGAGUGGUCAGAGACACCUGAAACGAGGAGAUCAAGAACGGAAUCAAACUUGGAUCAAUAUGACGCUGGGUGACCCUUGCGCCGUCGAGCAACCCCCUCCGCCACCCAUUGAUUUCACGCGAUCCUUAAUCGCUCCGACAGCGAUUAAACAGGAGCAGAAUAUGAUCCCAUCGGCGCCAGGAACCCCCACCGCGUUCCAACCGCCUCAACAAGCGCAUACACCGAUUCCAGGCAUUCAACCGAACAUUUUCAAUCCUGCACUGAUGGCCGCCCAGUUGAAUGUGUUCAGUAACCCGCAGUUGAUGGCUAUGAUGCAGGCCGCCCGAAACCCUUUGAUGCCCCAUCCUGGUGUUGCGCAGUCACCAAUGAUGCCCAACAUUCUGCAACAGUUGAACGCGUUGAGAAAUGUGCAGAGUUUUUUAAUCUAG